AGUUCGAAGUUCUCUCCUUCAUCAACUUAGAUUUUCCUUUUUCCUUUUUCAUUGCCAUUCUCGCGAGAUUUCAAUCUCACACUGUUCUGGAGCUCCAACUGAAUCCAGUUUCAGCUUUCACCGAUUCAAGAAGAAUAAGAAGUGGAUCCACCAAAAUGAGCCACAGCAUCUUCAACCACACUCUGCUUUGUCAAACUCAAGCGGUUGCGGAGCAUCAAAGUAAGGUUAGUUCUUGUGCCAUACCGGCCAACACUUUAUUCCAAGCGGUGAGUGUGAACAAAGAAAAGAAGCUUUUGCUUUCUACAAAUUCUCGCGGGAACAGGUUGUGUGUGAGGAAACGGAAAUUAGCCAUGGGAAAGCACCGCCAUUCCGAGUUUAUUCCACGCGCUGUGUUGACCACGAAUACGGCUUCUGAGCUUUCGGGGAAGUUCAACCUCGAGGGAAAUAUUGAAUUGCAGGUUGGUGUUAGUUCUUCCGCACCAGGUGCUGCAGUACAAGUAGAUAUUCAGGUUUCAAAUUGUAGUGGUUCUCUGCUUUUACACUGGGGAGUUGUACGUGAUACCCAAGGGAAGUGGGUACUCCCUUCUCGUUGCCCAGAUGGAACCAAAAAUUAUAAGAACAGAGCUCUUAGAACUCCUUUUGUGAAAUCUGGCUCAGGAUCCUUCCUUAAAAUUGAAAUUGAUGAUCCUGCUGCACAAGCCAUUGAGUUCCUCAUACUUGAUGAAGCUCAGAAUAAGUGGUUUAAAAACAAUGGUGCGAACUUUCACAUCAAGUUACCAGUAAAAGAUAAGCUAGUUCAACAAGUUUCAGUCCCUGAAGACCUUGUACAGAUUCAAGCAUAUAUUAGGUGGGAACGAAAGGGUAAGCAGAUGUACACCCCAGAGCAAGAGAAGGAGGAAUAUGAAGCUGCUCGACGUGAACUAUUGGACGAAGUAGCUAGGGGUACUUCUGUGCCGGACCUCCGUGCAAGGUUAACUAACAAAACAAAUGCUGCUGAUGUAAAGGAGGCUGUAGUAAAGGAGGCUUCUGUUUCUGAAACAAAAACCAUCCCUGAAGAACUUGUACAGAUUCAAGCUUUUAUACGCUGGGAAAAAGCUGGGAAGCCUAACUACUCUCCAGAACAACAACUUAUGGAAUUUGAGGAAGCAAGAAAAGAAUUGUUAGCUGAGCUUGAGAAGGGUGUUUCUCUGGACGAGAUACGCAGGAAGAUUACCAAAGGAGAGAUACAAACAAAAGUUGCCAAGCAAUUGAAAACCAAAAAAUACUUUCGCGUUGAAAGAAUACAGAGGAAAAAGAGAGAUUUGACACAACUUAUCAACAGAAAUGUUGCUGAAAAUAUAGUUGAACAAUUUAUAGAUUCUCCAAAGGCCUUGACAGUUAUUGAACAAUAUGCCAAAGCAAGGGAAGAACAAGAUCAGGGUCUUGUUUUGAAUAAGGCAAUUUACAAGCUUGCUGAUAAUGAUCUUCUGGUCCUCGUUACCAAGGAUGCUGGUAAGAUUAAGGUUCACCUGGCUACAGACUCUAAAAUGCCUGUUACACUUCACUGGGCCUUAUCUAGAACAGCACAAGGAGAGUGGUUGGUACCACCUGCAAGCACUCUGCCCCCUGGAUCUGUUCCUGUGAAGGAGGCUGCUGAAACACCGUUUCAAGUUGGUUCUUCAUCUCAUCCAUCUAAUGAGGUCCAGUCCUUAGAUAUAGAGGUUGACGAUGAUGAUACUUUUAAAGGAAUACCUUUUGUCAUUUUGUCAGGCGAAAAAUGGAUAAAGAAUAACGGAUCAAAUUUUUAUAUUGAAUUUGGUGGGAAGAAGAAGAUACAAAAGGAUAUUGGUGAUGGCAAAGGUACAGCCAAGUUUUUGUUGGAUAAAAUAGCAGAAAUGGAAGGUGAGGCACAAAAGUCCUUUAUGCAUCGAUUUAACAUUGCAUCGGAUUUGUUAGAUCAAGCCAAAAAUGCUGGUCAAUUGGGUCUUGCUGGGAUUUUGGUGUGGAUGAGAUUCAUGGCUACAAGGCAGCUCAUAUGGAACAAAAAUUACAAUGUGAAGCCACGUGAGAUAAGUAAAGCACAGGAUAGGCUUACAGACUUGCUCGAGAAUGUUUAUAUGAGUUAUCCACAGUAUAGGGAACUUGUGAGGAUGAUCAUGUCUACUGUUGGUCGUGGAGGUGAAGGUGAUGUGGGACAGCGGAUUCGAGAUGAAAUCCUUGUGAUCCAGAGAAAAAAUAAUUGCAAGGGUGGAAUAAUGGAGGAAUGGCACCAGAAGUUACACAAUAAUACUAGUCCUGAUGAUGUUGUAAUCUGUCAGGCACUAAUUGAUUAUAUAAAUAGUGACUUUGAUAUUGGUGUUUACUGGAAAACAUUGAAUGACAACGGAAUAACAAAAGAACGUCUUCUGAGCUAUGACCGUGCCAUCCAUUCUGAACCAAAAUUUAGUAGUGAUCAGAAGGAGGGUCUUUUACGAGAUCUGGGACACUACAUGAAGACUUUGAAGGCAGUUCAUUCAGGUGCAGAUCUUGAAUCUGCUAUUGCUAAUUGUAUGGGUUACAAAUCUGAGGGUGAGGGCUUCAUGGUUGGGGUGAAGAUAAAUUCAGUGUCUGGUUUGCCAUCUGGUUUUCCUGAAUUACUUCAGUUUGUCAUGGAACAUAUUGAAGAUAAGAAUGUUGAACCGCUCCUUGAGGGUUUGCUAGAGGCUCGUCAGGACCUCCGACCAUCUCUCAUUAAGUCCCAAAGUCGUCUGAAAGAUCUUUUAUUUUUGGAUGUUGCCCUUGAUUCUACGGUUAGAACAGCAGUUGAAAGGGGAUACGAAGAAUUAAACAAUUCUGGACCUGAGAAAAUAAUGUACUUCAUCAGCAUGGUGCUUGAAAAUCUUGCACUUUCAUCAGAUGACAAUGAAGAUCUUAUCUAUUGUUGGAAGGGAUGGGAUCUUGCCUUAAGCAUGUGCAAGAGUAAAGACACUCAUUGGGCAUUGUAUGCAAAAUCAGUCCUUGACAGAACACGCCUUGCACUCACAAACAAGGCGGAGUCAUACCAGCAAAUUCUGCAACCAUCGGCAGAAUACCUAGGGUCACUACUUGGCGUGGACAGAUGGGCUGUGGAAAUAUUUACCGAAGAAAUUAUCCGUGCUGGAUCUGCUGCUUCUUUGUCUACUCUUCUAAAUCGACUGGAUCCUGUACUCCGGAAGACAGCUAAUCUUGGCAGCUGGCAGGUUAUUAGCCCAGUUGAAACCGUGGGAUAUGUUGAGGUUGUGGAUGAGCUGCUUUCUGUUCAAAACAAAACAUAUGACCGACCCACAAUUUUGGUAGUCAAGAGUGUGAAAGGAGAGGAAGAAAUCCCAGAUGGUACAGUUGCUGUCCUGACACCUGAUAUGCCAGAUGUCCUAUCUCAUGUUUCUGUUCGAGCAAGAAAUAGUAAGGUAUGUUUUGCUACAUGCUUCGAUCCCAAUAUCCUGGCUAACCUUCAAGCAAAUAAAGGAAAGCUCUUGCGUUUGAAGCCUACAUCUGCAGAUGUAGUUUAUAGUGAGGUCAAGGAGGGUGAGCUUAUUGAUAACAAAUCAAGUCACCUAGAAGAUGUUGGUUCUAUGUCACCCUUAUCUUUGGUCAGAAAGCAGUUUAGUGGUAGAUAUGCUGUCUCAUCUGAAGAAUUCACUGGUGAAAUGGUUGGAGCUAAAUCUCGUAAUAUCUCUUAUUUAAAAGGAAAAGUGCCUUCUUGGGUUGGGAUUCCUACCUCGGUUGCCAUACCAUUUGGAGUUUUUGAACAUGUUCUUUCUUAUAAAUCAAAUCAGGCAGUGGCUGACAAGGUCAAUAUUUUGAAAAAGAAAUUAACCGAGGGAGACUUCAGUGCUCUCAAGGAGAUUCGUGAAACAGUUUUACAGUUGAAUGCACCAUCCCAGUUGGUAGAGGAGUUGAAAACUAAGAUGAAGAGUUCUGGAAUGCCUUGGCCGGGUGAUGAAGGUGAACAACGCUGGGAACAAGCAUGGAAGGCUAUAAAAAAGGUGUGGGGCUCAAAGUGGAAUGAAAGAGCAUACUUUAGCACAAGAAAAGUGAAACUCGACCACGAUUAUCUUUCCAUGGCUGUCCUUGUUCAGGAAGUGAUAAACGCUGACUAUGCUUUUGUCAUCCACACAACGAAUCCGUCCUCAGGAGACUCAUCGGAAAUAUAUGCUGAGGUGGUAAAGGGACUUGGUGAAACACUGGUUGGAGCUUAUCCUGGUCGUGCUAUGAGUUUUAUCUGCAAAAAACAUGAUUUGAACUCCCCUCAGGUCUUGGGUUAUCCUAGCAAACCUGUCGGCCUAUAUAUAAGACGGUCAAUUAUUUUUAGAUCUGAUUCCAACGGUGAAGAUCUAGAAGGUUAUGCUGGUGCCGGCCUUUAUGACAGUGUGCCAAUGGAUGAAGAGGAAAAAGUGGUCCUUGAUUACUCAUCAGACCAACUGAUCAUUGAUGGUAGUUUUCGCAAGUCAAUCUUGUCAAGCAUUGCCCGUGCAGGAAGUGCAAUUGAAGAGUUGUAUGGCUCUCCUCAGGACAUUGAAGGUGUCAUCAGGGAUGGAAAAGUCUAUGUUGUCCAGACAAGACCACAAAUGUAGGCCUCUACACCCAUAUCACCUAAGUCACCGACCUCAACUAUGUUCAUCCCCGUGCAAAUGGCGCUUCAAAGGUGAGGUAGCUUCUGCGAGUUUGAGAGUAAACAUGCGGAUUACAGAUUUGGCUUAUAGAUUUAAUGUAAGUGUUAUUAAAAUAAAGAAUAAUUAUUUACCAAAAAUAAAUAAAUAAAGAAUAAUUUAUAAGUGUAAUGUAAUAAUAAAUUAAGAAAAGUUUAUAUGGUCCUUUUUUUCCCCUCGUAUAUAUUAUAUCUGA